UUAUGUCGUAUUGAUGGUUCGAGUCUGAACUAAUUUUGUUUGGUGUGAUGCGGACGGACUGGCACUGUUUUGUUGAUAUUCCGAAAUAGUCGAAAUACUCUUACCUUAUUAUUAUUAUUAUUGUAGUUUGGGUUUUAAAUUACAACUGAUGGGGAUUUACUCUAUGUUAUAAUAACCACGUUCCAUAGGCCGCAAUGUACUUGGAUUCCGUUUGGAGUUCGGACUCGAACUUGAAACUGAUCCGUGGAACAGGUAUUUGCUUGGACUGGAUCAGUUCGGAACUGAUCCGAAAAAUUUUUUGGAUACUACUGCAGAGAUUCACAAAUGCCAAAUUACAUAAAUAAUUCAUUCACCACCCACUCUCGUGCUUUCUUCCUCCCCAUCAUCGACAGACCGUCGAAAAGAAAACGUGCAUUUCACGGAAGAAGAUCCAACGGCGGCUCCUGCUUCUUCAGAUCGCAGUGCCAAUCCGAACGAAACAAACGGGGCAAACGGAAGAAGCGAAGAGAACAUUGCGGCUACCGUAGGUGGCGUUAAAACAGUCGCAAGGCCGCGCAAGGACGUUCGCUGCUCUUCAUCGUUCGUUCUUCAAUAAUAAUAAUUAUUCUUUACCAGCUGGUAACGGGUUAAUCUUCGAUCGCCGGUCGUUUUAGUGGGUGCUUUCAUUCAAUUAUCUAUCGUACGUUUUUUCAUUAAUUGUUAAUAUAAAAUUUACAUUUCGGCUAAUUUUUUGUUUUUGAGUAGAAUAGAAUAUAUUAACUCGGUUUUUAUGAAUUAAUUUUGCACUCAACGUGUGCGUUAGAAAGAGCUGAACAUUUGUACCAGUAUCUUCUUUUUAAAUCAGUUUUAAAGAUGCAAUCAACUUCAAGAUUUUUCGCGUCAAUGCUAUUCAUCACAUCUACGCUUUGCGCUCCCGUAUUUCAUUCGUCUGGCUUAUCGUCUAAGAUCACCUCCAGACAAGAAAAGGACUUAGGCUUCUUCGACUAUCUGCAGCCGGAACUAGAUUUCGAUCAGUUCGGACCUGCCAAUGAUGAUUACGAUUCUUUGGGGAUAGAGGAGAACGACUUAAGUAGGACUUUACCAGGCAGAAAAAGGUUGAGGCCUCAGUUUGCUAAUUCGCCCAUUUAUUACAUCAGACUGCCGCCACAGCCUUAUAUGUUUGUACCAGGUCUAGGCUACAUGUCUCAACCCCCACCAAAUCCGAUGUCUCAAUUCCUGAACGUUCCUGUAAACUUCGUCUCCAAUGGCAAACCAAACGGCAUCUACCAAUGGUCAGGAGGCAUCGAAAUACCCACCGCGGCACCUACACCAGCACCAACCACGCCCAAACCAAAACCGAAACCUGUGAAGAAACCAAUGAAACCCGAUUCGACCAUUCACAGGUUGCCAGGUACAUUUAAUUUCAAUGGCAGACCUGAGGACAUUUUCAUUUUAAGAGAUUCGUAUAAUUCGCUCUACGGGGACGUGUUGCAGAAUUUGUAUCCAUGAACUGGAAGUGCGGAUAUAAUGUGAUGAUUACAGUUUAUAGGCUUGUGUAAAUAGUUUUUUUUUAAGUAUAUUUUAAAAAUGUUGGUGCGAUUAAAAUAUGAAGGGUCAUUAAUUGUCUGUUACUGCUUACUAUCUAAAAAUCUACACUUAUGCCGAGGUUUUCACUUGUUAACUGUAAAGAACAUUUUUAGUUGUUUUACAUGGAAGCCUAUUUUUGUGCUAUUUCCACUUAUUGUCUGCAAGUUAUGUUUAAAAUAACCAGCUAAUUUCCUAAUAAAACAAUUCAUUGAGGGUCGCGAGAAGUGGCUAGAUAAAUCAUAGGCAUUAAAAUUCUUUGAUACCAGUUAGUGAAGUCUAAUAGUCAGUAAAAUCUGCAAACAGUAUUAUAUUUCAAAGUGUAGAGACUCCAAUGGAAUAAUCAUCAAAAAACAAACAUUAAUUAAAAGAAUCCAGAGAUAUGUAAAAGAAUUACAUCAUUAACAACUCACAAAAUUUGUUAGAACGUUUAUGUUCUACAGACACCCUUGGUUAAAGAUUAGAGAAGUAAGAAGCAAACCACUCGAAAGACUGCCUUGAAAAAUAUAUUUAUCAAGAGACAAGCUAAAGGGCGUUAAUGUUUAACAAUUACCCAAUCAGAGGCUAUAGUGAAGUCGCAAAAAAUAACUACAGAGAUAUCGAUGUUUUCUAUUCUAUUAUAAAGUGAAAAUUAUAAUUCGAAAAUCAUAUUAUUUGCACUUCUUUUCUUUACAAGUCCAAACUGUUUAGAAUAAAGUUUAUUUUCAACGAACUCGAUCAAGAAAUGAAAAUCAAGCCUUUCCAUCGCUUUACUCAGAGUAAGUCAGUAUUUCAUAAAAAGAUACCUGCAACUUAAAUAUUACACAUCAAAAUAUUUUAUUGAUUGAUUUUUAGUGUUUAAAGUAUCAAAAUUGAAGUCAUACAAAUUAUAUCCAAAAAUAUCGUGCAAACCCACAAAGUUCUGUUAAUGGGAAAGUGCAAGCCAUAAUUAGUUGGGUGAAACUGGACAAAAAAGUAUUAUAUGUCUUAACCGCCUCGUAGGAAUAUUCAACUUGAAUUUUCUUUAAGUUGUCAGGGCAAUUGCAUUAUAUUAACUGCGUCAAAUACAAAUUAUAGAUCUGACAUUACUCUUCGUUGCUCUCAAGUGUUGAGACUCAGUAUAUGGCUUAAUUGUUGCAAUGUUGGAAUACAGCAAAUCUCAAAAAUAUAUCCUAAACUUUAUAUUUUUUAUAAACCUAAUGGUAGAGUUACCAGAUGACUGAUGCAUAAGCAAAAAUCAUUCUAGCCAUGGACGAAUAAAACACCUUAGAGACGCCUGUAUUUAUUAAAGAAAUUCAGUUUCAUUCUCAUUGCCUUCAGACAAAAGUCAGUUUAUUGUAAAAGAGAACAUCCAAAUCCUUAGCAGUCUUAGUAGGGUAAGGUAAGGUAAGUCGGUGAUAUUUUUAUUUAAACGUGAGCAAUAUGUAUUUCUAAAAAUAAUAUAAUUUGCUUGACCUUUCUAUCCAAAAGUUCAAUGUUUUACACAAUUGUUCAUUUACAAAAAAUGCUAAAAUAAUGUCAAUUUUGACAGAAAAACAUAGUUUAUUUGGUGAUAGUGGAGAGGUAUUUUGGUGAUAUAGGAUUAGGACCAGUAAAAAAUAAAAUUAUUGAAAUCUUGUAAGUAUAAUUCAUAAGAAAACAUUGAGUUAUUAGUAUAUAUAACAAACAUUAUUCUGAGUCAGUUGAACGAUGCUCAUCACAACCGUCGCACAUAAAGAUGUCUUCAUCGUCAGAUCUCGAUUGACAGUUUGUGUGAUAUGGAACGCAGCAAAAAGAACACUGUACCCAUAACGCACCAUUGUUGGCUUUCUCAUCCUCUCGAUAGCUAAUUCCACAGACACCACAAUACCAGUCAUCAUCAUCGUCUUUUUUCUUGCUUUUUGGUUUGGAGUUUUCAUUUGAUGCACGCUUUUUCGUGUUAGAACCUCUGGAGCUUAGUACUCCUGAAGGUCCUGAUUGUGGCUGUUUUGGUAUGUGCGGAUCAGUUAACAGAUUUUACUUUGCUCGCUGCACUUGCAGAAGGUAGUAAAAAUAAAUUGUCAGUGCUGGAUUUUUCCAAAGGAGGAUCAGAAGGAAGUAUAUCAUUAAGUCUAGCGACUGAUUGAUUUUCUCGAAGAGUCUCAGUUAGUUUUGAUGGGGCUAGAGAUAGCAUCUUUAUUCAAAGGACAAAUUCCACUUUUUCAAAAGGCGUGUUCAAUAUUAGUGGGGGUAAAACUUUUAAUCAUUGCUACAGAAAAUAUUUCGUUGAAGUUAUAAUGGCUAAGGUUUUCACCGUUUUCUUUUUUUUGUGUAAUCGUUUAAGCAGUUAGUCCAAGCGGAUUUUGAGGGAUGAUAAACGCCCACAUCAAGUGGCUGGAGCAGAUGGCUUGUGUGUGUUGGAAAGGUGAAGAGCUGAAUAUUAUUUUGCUUUGCUAAUUCUAAAACAGCCAAUGACAAAUGUGAAGCAUGAGAGUCCAUCAAAAAAAUUAGUUCUUUCUUUUGGUAUGGAAUUAAUAAAAAAAACUGGAACCAUUCCAAAAAAACAUCAGAGUUUCUCCAGCCUUUCGGUCACAGUUUUAAUAAUAAGUUAGGUAUGGCUCCACGGGCUAAAUCAGGGUUCCAAUACACACCUUUGAAAAUUACUAGGGGUGGUAUUAUAAAGGUGCCAUUGUCACAAAUGCAGCCGAGAACUGUAGUUGUUUCUCCCCUGUCUGCGUAACUCCUUUUGUAAACAUAACGCUUGCCUAGAGCCGUCACAACUUUGUUGGGUUUUACUACAAACGACAACCCCGUUUCGUCACAAUUCCAAAUUCUCCCUGGCGUAUUUUUAAUGUCCAAUUUUGUAAUAAGAGUUUCUAAUUUUGUAUAGAAAUCAGCAAGCAUAGUGGGAUUUGCCAUGGAAGCUCGAUAUGCAGCUAAGUUUUCUGGCACACGUAAUGUUAGCCCAUAUCUUUUUUUUAAGUUUGUCCACCACCACUUGCUAGCUAAUUCAUUAUCCGCAUUUAAAACAUUUUCACGACCAACCGAUUUUGCAAUUGAAAACGCUAGUUUUUUAAUAUUGUGGACAGUCAGACCAAAUCCUAACUCUUGCAUGGCGAUAAUAUAAUUAAAUAUUCGGACUUCUAAGUCUGCCGGUAGAGCAAAGGGCCUUCCCAACUUUGACCUUCUGCAUUUUCAGUUUUCGUUAAAUAUGUCCAAGCAAUCUUCAUGUCUUUCGAUGCUUUGUAUAUGGACACACCUUCUUCACGGACCAUUUGUGCUGCUCGAAACAUAUCUUGCUUCUCAUCAUUUCUAUACUUUCCUUUGGGCAUUUUAUCGUGAUAGAUAUCACGAUAUACGUAUCAUGAUAGAUAGGUAGGUAUGUUUGUGAUACCCUGAAACAAACAACUAAUUACAUUUCGCAAAAAUGCACUAAAUUUACUAACGUAUAAAACCCUAAAAUCCUUUAAAAGUCCGCUAAGAAGUCGAAAAAUAAUUUUAUUUAAACGUCUCUAUUGCAACCUCACAGUUUUGCAUGCAAAAUGUCUAAGAAAAUGGCUAACUUACUUAAGCCGUAACAGGAGCAAAUGAUAUUUUAAGUCAAUAUGAUUACACUACAUUAAAGAGUAUAGGAUAAUACUUAAAUUAACACUUACUCUUUAAAAUUACAGCUAACGCAAAAAAAAUCAAUUUAUAUUACAAAAAUUAUCAAAUUUAACGAGUUUAUUUACCGGCAAGAACGGAAAGUUUUGCUAGACGUAAACAAAUGAAACGAAGCGCGGUACAGACCGUGCGGUAUGAAGGGGAUGUUUCACACAGCUAUUCGACACGAUUCGAGACCUCCCCGUGAAUAGGUAAGUUAAUGAACAAUUGUUAGAAAACUAUCACCAAUUUACCUAUACCACCAACAUACCUUACCUUACCCUACAUAAUGCUCACAAACAGAAAUCAUGACCCUUUAUACGUCUUGGGUGAUAAAAUAUCCAUAUAUUAAAUGGCGACAGAAAUUCAUAACAUUAAAUUUAAGAGAGAAAAGCAAUAGUUCAUUAAUUUCCGCACUCUCCACUUGCAGUUUCAAACAGUAGAUUAUAGAUAGUAAAGGGGCAGCAGCAGAAAUGAGCACUAUCGUUCUAUUUCUAACGUGUGACUUAUUAUUGCACCUUAAUACAUUGAUUUUCGAGUCCUAAGUUCGCUGACCCGGUACUAUGACAUAUCAUAAGUUUGAAUUAAAUAGUGUUAUAAUAACAUAUUUAUUUAAUGAAUGUCCUUAAUGGUAUCUUAAAAUAAUAUUACUAUAAGUAGAUAAAAAUAAUGAAAAAACGUCUACACAUCUUUUAUAAAGAUUCUAAUUAAGACUUAACAAAAGUGCAAUAAUUUAAAAAACGUGCAUGUUAAAUUUUUGGUUUUAGAAUUGUUAGGUUUUAGGUUCUUAACUUACUGUUUUCUUUUUAGAUAAUAUAUAUAUUGUUAAUUUAAACGUAUGUACGUGUUUGGAGAAUGUAAGCUGUAUGUGAGUAGGUAUGUAUGUACGUGUGUAGCAUUUUAAUUAGGUAUGUUAAAUUUAAGAUAUAAACAUUUAAAUAAAUUACUGGGUAUGAGUGUUAUAUAAUAUUUAUUUUUUAGUUUAAAUGUUUUUAUUAUUUAGUUUAUUUAUUGUAAAAUUUUUUUUUUUGAGUUAAGGUUUAUUUAAUAUAUAAUUAUAUUUUUUAAAUAAA